GAGUAUAAAGCAGAGAUGAAGUGCACUUGGACUGCAGAAAGCAGCAGGAUGAAGGGUAGUGUGCAGCUAGGGCUGUUGUGUUUCGGCCUGCUCAUCUCCAGUCUUCAUGGGGAAGUCGAGACAGAUAACAGCAUGGAAUUAGUUCUUAAUUUGGAAGAGCCGGAUCUUUAUCAGCCUGAGAUGAACAGAGUACGACGACAGACUGUCUCCACAGAGAAGGAAGAUUCGGCAAAGAAAGAAGUUGUUGUUCCAUCAAGUGUGGACGGCAAGAUUAAGAGAGGAAAAAGGCCACGUCCAGGAGCUUUCACCCUUUCAGAAGACGAUAAAUAUUCUGAGUUAAAGGUUUAUCGCACCAAGAGGCAGAACAAAAGCAAGAACAAACCGAAAAAACGCCCGGGAUUUAACAGCCUUUUAGGAAAGGGACCUCAACUUCACAUGGUAUUCUCUAUCCUCUGAUCACCCUGUCAACGUGCCAUUUUAACACAUUUUAUUAAAGAUAUACACUGACCUGCUUUACACUGAACUUCUCAUCUGCCCAACUCAGGAGACUGCCCGUGCCAAAAGGGAUGAAGGUGCCGGAGGA